AUGGGCGAUAAUGUCGAUCCCCCUCAACAGCUGGCUUCUACCGACACCAGCCCAUCAUCUAAAAGACAAAAGCCGAAUCUUUUCUUGCAUGACCUACCCAAGCCUCAGGCUCAGAUAUCCCAAAACAAACGCAAGGCUUCAAAUGAAUUCCCGUCUUGGCUCUUAGGCACGCCGUCGUUGAGCACUUCCGGCGGAGUUGUAGGAAUGCCGGGAAGCUCUACGCAUCAUAAUGAGCGGCAUAUCGUACCACAAUCUACUGUUCCUAUGCCUACCGAUAUGAACAUAUUUGAGGAAGAACCUCUUGGAGCUGGUUUCUUGUCAUCUUUCUUUGGUGGAUCUAGAGAAUACGAUUCACCCUCACCCCCUCCGGGGGAUGGCGGCAAUCCUGAUGUCGAUAUUUGUGAUCAGUAUCUUAACUCGGAUGCCUGUGACGGCGAUGAUGGGAACAUGGCGGCACCCGAACCCCGUAAGAUGGAUGAUGGAUGUGUAUUUGCUACCACCAGACACGGUGAGCAAGUUCUGCCAGCAAUUAACACGUUGGAAUUUCUGACACGUCGCCAUCCAACGCCUCCAGCCCCCGGAGAGACUGAGGAAAUCCUUUCAUCGGUCCCUCUUAGCUAUGAUAUACCGAAUAUAUCAUCGAAACCAGAAUUACAACAUCUUCUACAGGCCGAGACAGAUAUUUUCACCGCAACAAGAGGUGAUGGCAUCACUUUGCCCGCGAUCAACUCUAUGAGCAUGUCCAUGGGAUCUUCGGCGGAGCCUCCAGCAGUAACCAUACCCGCUUAUGUUUCCCCACCGAACCUGUCGAGAUCGAGGGGUAGAACACGUCGGAAUCUACGUCCCCAACCAGCUCGGGACCAAGGUGUCGAGGAGGCCUUCGACAGCGAAAACCUCCGCCCCCACUCGUACACGUUUGGGAUCGUUCAGAGCCAUUAG